AUGCCUAGUUUAAGUGUUCAAGCGAGUUCAGCACUUCAAUUUGAUAUUUUAUUUGAAUGUCCUCAAACUCGUGCGCGAUGCUGUAACCUUUGGUUACCCCAUUGUCCUGGUGGACCAGUAGAAACUCCAGUUUUCAUGCCGGUCGGUACACAAGGUGCUAUGAAGGGUAUCACUGUAGGCCAGUUAGAACAGCUGGAUUGUCGAAUUUUACUUGGAAACACUUAUCAUUUAGGGCAUCGCCCAGGACCAGAAGUUCUCAGAAAAGCUGGUGGGCUUCAUAAAUUUAUGUCUUGGCCUCGUGCCAUCCUUACAGAUUCAGGGGGUUUCCAAAUGGUUUCAUUAAACAAAUUGUCCGAAGUUACUGAGGAAGGAGUUCGAUUUACUUCUCCACAUAAUCAUACUGAAAUGCUCUUAACUCCCGAAGAAUCUGUUGGAAAUUUCCAAAACGCACUGGGUUCAGAUAUUGUUAUGCAGCUGGAUCACGUUGUGCAUGUGCUAACAGAUGACAAAUCUAUGAAAAAAGCGAUGGAAAGAUCUAUCCGUUGGUUAGAUAGAAGUAUUACUGCUCAUAAAGGUCAGAAAAGUAAUCAGAAUUUAUUUGCUAUAACUCAAGGUGGUUUGGACCCGACAAUGAGAAUUGACUGCAUUAACGAAAUGUUGAAACGUAAAGAUGAAUUGGCUGGAUUCGCUAUUGGUGGUCUUAGUGGUGGCGAAUCAAAAGAUGAUUUUUGGCGUAUUAUUAAGCUAUCAGCAGAGCAUCUACCUCUUGACCGACCUCGUUAUGUCAUGGGAGUUGGGUUCCCUACUGAUCUUGUUGUAUGUAUAGCAUUAGGAUGUGAUAUGUUUGAUUGCGUUUAUCCUACAAGAACAGGUCGAUUUGGUAACGCUCUUGUUCCUUGGGGUCAGUUAAAUCUUCGUCAAGCUAAAUAUGCGACUGAUUUUCGUCCUAUCGAUGAAAAAUGUUCUUGUCCAACAUGCUCUCGUCCUUUAUCUCGGGCUUGGUUACACUCAGCAUUAUCUGGUCGACAAGUUAGUUCUUCUGCAAUUAUUAGUUUGCAUAACUUAGCUUACAUGUUGGGUCUCAUGAAACAAAUAAGAGAAGCGAUAAGUGCCAAUACUUUCCCUGAGUUUGUUCAUUCCUUCUUCGAACGUCGCUGUUAUAAAGGUAAAGAAAACGAAAGCCAAAGUGAAUAUGAAGGUUGUCGUCCUCCAACAUGGGCAUGUGAUGCUCUCAAAAGUGUUGGUAUAGACAUAUCUGAUAUUGGACGAAAUCUAAAUGGUGUCAACUGUUAUGAAAAUGGUAAUGACGAAAUAGAAAGUAAACGAUCACGAAACAGUUCUCUUAAUUGUGAAUCUAUUGAAAAUUCCGAUUAA